UGUUUUCUUAAUUUUCACAUUGUUUAUUGGCAUGUGUUGAGCUCUCUCGGCCACCGUACUGAACUCCACAUCUGGCUCUAACAAGAAGAAGAAGAAGAAGAAGAUGAGUAUUGGUGAGUAAGUGGUGUUACUGUACCUUUAAGAAGGUGAGGUGUGGGUGUGGCUUAUCCCGUGCAGGAGUUUCCGGAUUAGCGCCUUGAGGUAAACAAAGUGACUCCAUCAGAUGGUGGUUAGAGACCGAGGUGACGGUGUGUCAGGGACAGACAGACAGGUGGAGGUGGAGGAGACAGACAGGUGGAGGAAAAGACAGGUCGGGGAGACAGGUGGACAGUCAGAGAGGUAGAGGUGGAGGAGACAGACAGGUGGAGGUGGAGGUGCAGGUGCAGGAGGCAGUCAAACAGGUGAAGGUGGAGGAGACAGGUGAAGCAGGCAGACAGGUGCAGGAGACAUUCAGACAGGUGGAGGUGCAGGAGACAUCAUGGAGACGGUGGGGACAUUAGUGCUUCUCCUCCUGUGUUUAUCUGCCACAGCAGUUUCAGGGAUCGGCUCCAACGACACGGUCCUGACCGCCGCACCGGGCUCGGACAUCACCUUACCUUCGUGUCACCCCGUCAGUAAUAUGACAAUGGUGACAACCAUGUGGAGGAAAGUCAAUGGAGAUGGCGGGACUUCACCGGUCCCUUCUCCCGGCGAGGACCGCAUCAGGGUCCUGCCCGGCCACAAACUGCUGAUCCAGGGGGUGACACCCGGAGAUGAGGGCAUCUACCUGUGCAGCUGCUCCUCGCACCCCUUUCCUGAGCCGAGCAACAGCUUCUACUCACGUUACCGGCUUCUAGUCACCAGUGGUCCAGAGAACGUGUCCAUGUCCAUCGGGCCGGCCACCGCUCUGUCCAACGGGACACUCAUCGUCUAUCGGGGCUCCAGCGUCUCCUUCAACUGCUCCGGCUCCUCCUUCCCGUCGCAGCACCUGACCCUGGCCUUCACAGGAGCCUGGUCCAGCAACGAGUCGCUGGCCUCCGGCUCUGGAUCGUGGCUGAGCUACACGAUAGAAAACAUUCAGCCCAGCAGUCAGGGGCUUUACAGCUGCAGGGCCCACAACAACGUGUCCGAUCAGACAGUUCAGAAGAGCCAUCAGCUGCUGGUUUACUAUGCCCCGGACAGACACCCUGAGUGCAUGUGGGCGCCAGCGGCGGACGCCUCCCACGCCCUUUUCAACUGCACCUGGUUUGGAGCGUAUCCCACCCCGACGCUGCGCUGGGUAGAAGACCAGGGCGACCAGGGCAACCAGGGCGCCCACUGGAAAGGACACGUUUUCGUGACGGAUCUGAGGGACAGUCUGUCACUGAGUUUGAACCGCUCGCUGCUGUCGGAGGGGCAGACUCUGAGGUGCAUGGCCAAGAACUCGCUCGCUUCAGGGAAGGAGAAGUCGUGUUCGCUCACCCUCAAGCCUCCGUACCCUAAAGGCGAGCCUCUGGUCACGGCCCUGGAGGGAACCAGCAUCACUUUAAGCUGCACUGAGGACGCCUCCAUCCCCCCGGCGAACACCACGUGGAGGAAGGGGCUCCAGCAGGACGCCAUCGUGCCCGGAUCAAAGUACGUCCUGACUGAGGAGGGCCCCGUCUUCAAGCUGACCAUACACAACCUCACCAAAGACGACGAGGGCGUGUUCUUCUGCCGCAGCGAGAACCCGCUCAGCGUCAGGGAGCUGGAGGUCGGCCUCACCGUGAGACCCCCCUCCGCUUUCACAGGAGCCAUCAUCGGCGUCUUCAUCGCCGCACUGGUCGUGGGACUGGCCGUCAUCGUGGCUAAAUCGCUGUACUCCUGCCGACACCAUAUUUGCCUGGGAGGUGAUUUUGGGCAAACGGAGGACGACCGAAGAGAAGUGCUGAGUCUGGUGGACUCAGACGACGACGAGCAGAUCUUUCAGGACGCCGUCCCCCGGCUGCCUCCGUUAACCAACGGCAGCCACAUGACGCUCGCCCAGAUUCACCAGAUCCCAUCGGGCGACCACGAGGACGUGGACCCUGGUGACACCAGCUCUCAGCAGCAGGAGGACACUGAACAGACAGAACAGCUGGUGGAUCGUGUCACUUAUAUAUUUUAGGCGUUUUUAGAUCAAUGUUUCUUUUUUUUUAAAGCUAAAAACAAUGAACUGAGAAUGUGAAUAACUCUGGUGGAAGACAUUUGUAAAAAAAUAUUUCUUUUAAUUUGUUAUAUUGUAAAUAGUGUAACGUGCAGCGAGGUCAGGGUCAAAGGGUCAAAGGGUCAAAGGGCCUGUCUCUCUCUCCCAGGUGCUGAUGAGGAUGAUGAUGAUGAUGAUGGCUGCCACCUGUGUAGAUUGAGCUUCUGCAUUGGUUCAGCUCAUUGGUUCUCCCCCAAUUCCCCAUCAGCCUAUCACAGCCCCGGGCUCCAGAAUAAAGGGAGCCCGUCCCUCAGUGUCUCUUUUUGACUCGGUCUCAGAUCAGCUGCCACUCGUGCUGUUUUGCUUUUUGCUGUUUUCUAUUGCAACGAUCUGUGAGGUUUGUGGGGGGGGGAGGUUUGGACAUUAGUAAAGUCAGGGUACCUUUUACACUUUUGCACACACAGACUCAUGUAUAGACACACGAGGAUUGUUGGUUGGUGUCACCCUCUAUUAAGAAUAGACAAUAGAUUUUUGUUAUAUUCAUUUCCGUUCCUUUGACACCAGCCACGUUGUCCCUCACCUCCCCCACAUUUGUAAAAACCUGUUGUCUGACCACACACUUGUAAAUACACACCUUUGUCACUUACACCUUUUUGACUGUGUCAAUAAUUCUGGUUGAACUGUGAGCGUCAACAACAGGGUUUUUAAUAUUUGUGCGUUUUAUUUCUGUGGUUGUGUUUUUGUACAGCGUUUUGAACAUGUUGCUCUGAUACUAAGAUCAAUGUAGUAAAUUAAGUUGUUUAAUCAAAAGUAUGAUUGUUGUGUGAUUGAACAAAUGUCUUCUUCUUUUUUUACCCACAUGUACGAGCAGUUUAAGACUUAAAACCUUUAUUUGUCCAAAGGUUGAAGGUCGAUUUUCAAAUCAACCACAAUAACAUAACUUCCUUCUUAUUCAUAGAUUCACGUACGUCUCCUCCCUGUAUCGCACACAUAAUAUUUAACUUUGACUCUCAAUGUCUGGAAUGCAUCUCUCCACUGGGCUCGUCUCCAACAAUGUGGCCGAGGCAGUUUGUCCCUUAUCUUGUGCAACAUGAGAAAUCAAGAGAAUCUCAAGUUUAUUUCAGCUUCUUAAAAUGACGUUCCACACGUUAAAUAAAAGAUUUCCAUGGAGA